AUGACAUCACUCAAGAAGAAGAGUAGGAGGAAGCCUUCUUCCCAGGCCCUGGGGAAUAUUGUUGGCUGCAGAAUUUCUCACGGGUGGAAGGAAGGUAAUGAGCCUGUCACCCAUUGGAAGGCCAUCAUUCUAGGUCAACUGCCAACAAACCCUUCUCUUUAUUUGGUGAAGUAUGACGGAAUUGACAGUGUCUACGGACAGGAGCUCCACAGCGAUGAGAGGAUUUUAAAUCUUAAGGUCUUGCCUCCCAAAGUAGUUUUUCUUCAGGUGAGGGAUGUCCACCUCGCCAGCGCCCUGGUUUGCAGAGAGGUACAACACAAAUUUGAGGGGAAAGAUGGCUCUGAGGACAACUGGAGUGGGAUGGUGCUAGCCCAGGUGCCAUUCUUACAGGACUAUUUUUACAUUUCCUACAAGAAGGAUCCGGUCCUCUACGUCUAUCAGCUCCUGGAUGACUACAAGGAAGGUAACCUCCACAUCAUUCCAGAGACCCCUCUGGCUGAGGCGAGAUCAGGUGAUGACAAUGACUUCUUAAUAGGUUCCUGGGUGCAGUACACCAGAGAUGAUGGAUCCAAAAAGUUCGGAAAGGUUGUUUACAAAGUUCUAGCCAAUUCUACUGUGUACUUUAUCAAAUUUCUUGGUGACCUACAUAUCUAUGUCUAUAUUCUGGUGUCAAAUAUCACUUAA